ACUCAGGGAAGGAAGUCGGUCUACCUAGGCAAAGAGAAAAGGCGGAAGUAGUAUUGUUGUCAUUUCCGCUAGUGUGCUACCGACAUGUCUGCGUGACGAUGUGAGAAUGUACAAGCAAUGUUUUUUAUUUUGAUCUGUUGCUAGUCUGCUUUCAUCUCUUUUCAUUUAGCGAGUUCUUUCAAGGUUCAGCGUCGACAAAAACAACAUUAGACUCAACUUUCAGGAAGUUGGAAACUCCGGCCAGUGGCCCGCCAAAAAGCUAGCGAGGUCAGUGCCCAUUUUGUUCUCGACUUGCUAGCAGAAAUGAGUGGCGGCUUCAACUUUGGGCAGCCCUCCACGGGGUUUAGCUUCGGAGCUCCGAAGACGACAGCCGCAGCAGCACCCACAGCGGGGUUUGGUCUGACGACGUCCACGCCUGCCGCCUCUGGAGGCGGCUUCUCUUUCGGGUCAGCCCUCCCGCAGGCCGGUGCUGGUAACCCCACCGGUGGUUUUAGCUUCGGCACCCCAGCAAAGAGCACAGCCCCCGGUGGCAGCCUCUCCUUUGGGACGCCCACCACCACCACAUUUAGUCUGGGUUCGACUCCUCAAACCACCGCGGUGGCACCAGGGACAGGUCUAAUGCCUGGCUCCACCACCGCGGCUCCAGCAGCGUCAUCGGGGUUCAGCCUCGGCGCGGGCUUAACAGCACCCGCAGGAGGAGGCUUCUCCUUUGGGGGCGCCACCCCGGCUCAGACCCAACCACCACCACCAGCAGCAGCAGCACCACCCACCACCGCAACAACAGCAGCAGGUAGUGUCUCUUUUGGAGGCUUCAGCUUUGGCGGACCCAAGGUCCAAGUCACCACCACAGCUGCAGCCGCCCCUGCUGCACCCGGGGGAGGCUUCACCUUUGGCUCCAGCGCCUCCCCAAGCCUCUCUCUGGCUGCCCAGCCUGCCUCCACCACUGCAGCCCCAGCUGUCCAGGGUGGAGGGUUCAGCUUGGGAAUUAAACCUUCAUCAACCCCAGCUCCACCUGCUGUGACCCAAGCGGCCACAUCAACAGCCCCCUCUCUGUUUACCACCCCGGCCCCGACAACCGCCCCUGCAGCGGGUUCAGGCUUUUCCUUCGGUGCUGCUCCCGCUUCAGUGGCAGCUCCUGCUACUACCACAGCAGCCGCUGGAGGUCUCACAUUUACGCUCAAGCCCCUGGGAGCAGCGACCACCACCUCCAUCGCCGCCCCGGCCUCCACAGCCACAACUGGGGCCACCACCACGGGCUUCUCGUUAGGGCUCAAACCUGCAUCCAGCACGAGCGCCACCACGACAGCUCUGACAACGGCGGCCGCCACUCUCACCACCACAACUGUCGCCGCCGCUGCUCCUCCCGUGAUGACCUACGCCCAACUGGAGGGUCUCAUAAACAAGUGGAGCCUGGAGCUGGAGGACCAAGAGAGACACUUCCUGCAACAGGCCACGCAGGUCAACGCCUGGGACCGCAUGCUGGUGGAGAACGGCGAGAAGAUCACAUCCCUACACAAAGAAAUGGAGAAGGUGAAGCUGGACCAGAGAAGGCUCAACCAGGAGUUGGACUUCAUCCUGUCUCAGCAGAAGGAGCUAGAGGACAUUCUCAGCCCGCUGGAGGAGUCCGUGAAGGAGCAGAGCGGAACCAUCUACAUGCAAAAUGCCGACGAGGAGAGGGAAAGAACCUACAAGCUAGCCGAGAACGUGGAUGCACAGCUCAAGAGGAUGUCGCAGGACCUGAAGGAGAUCAUCGAGCAUUUGAACACGUCCAGCGGCCCGGCAGACACCAGCGACCCGCUGCAGCAGAUCUGCAAAAUCCUCAACGCCCACAUGGAUUCCCUCCAGUGGAUCGACCAGAACUCCGUGCUCCUGCAGAGACGAGUGGAGGAGGUGUCCAAACUGUGUGACAACCAGCGAAAAGAGCAGGAGAAGACCUUCCGUUUAACCUUUGACUGACAGGUGUUUAACAUUUACAUCAGGUUAGAUUUCCAUCUUCUCUGACAAAAUAGCAAAAAUACUUUUGUCUUUUGUCAAUCGUUUUCAAUGCGGCUUGUUUUUGUUUUCUAUCAAAGUGAAAAGAAAUUACAACAGUAAUGUU